UGGAGUACAGAGAGCGUCAGAAUUCAGAAUGCAUGAUACGAUAGUGCGCUUAGCAGACGUUUGGAAGACAUGCAACAAGAUCCGAGCAGCAGCCUUCCGUGUCGGUCUCAACCUCUGGGACUGGUACCGUCCUCUGGACCCUGAAGGAAACUCACUUAUUUCUGAAUCGAAGUUCGUCUCAAUACUCGCGGGUCCGCUGCGGUCCGUGAUCGGCUUGUCUGACGCCGAGAUCUCUCAGCUGGCUGAUUACUUCCGAGCUCAAGACGGAAGGAUAUUAUACCAUCAGCUGUGUCAGGUCGUGCAUGGUGAAGAUUCCAACGCCCGCGAUAAGAUUUCCGCAGAUUGCUUCCUAGAAGCAUGCCCGCCUCCGCCGGAACCGGCCUGCCAUAAGUUAGAUCAGUGGCAAAUCAGACGACUCUGCUGCCUACUAGCUACAAUAGCUUCGAGGAAUCUACCUUUGAAACCUUAUUUUCAGGAUUAUGAAAUGGUAGCAAAAAAUGACGGUCGUAUAACAUUCGCUCAUUUCGCUCGAAUCCUAAAUUUCAUUGGAGUCCUAGUUUCGCCGGAGGACUUCAAUUUGCUGGUGCGUCGGUUCAUCAAAGAUUCUUACACGCUCGACUACGUGGAAUUCCUUAAAGCUGUUGAAGCUGUGCAAAAGGAGGGCAUCCAAGGCCUUGGACCGGCUUACAACAACCCCAAUGCCAUAAUAGAUACGACACUGCCCAAGUUGCCACGUCCCGAAAUUGAAGCAGGAUUAUCGACAGCGCCUCUAGGAGCUAAUGAUGUCUUCCAUCCAGUUCUCGACCCGCCAAAGCCGCCACGGCAGCUGGUGGAACUCAUGCUGAGGGUGCAAGAGUUUGUGCUGCAGAGAAGGAUUAGAGUUUCCGAAUUUUUCAGGGACUACGAUCCCUUGAACAGCGGUCGCAUUUCCGCGCUACAGUUUCGUCGCGCACUGGACGCCAUGGGGCUCAGCACUAUCAUGUCACCUGCGGAACAACUCUGCGUGUUGAGGCACUACGUCGACCCCAACGAUAGAGAGAAAGUAUGCUGGAGGACCUUCGAAGAUGAUUGUGAUCAGGUGUUCACAGUUAAAGAAUUAGAAAAGCAUCCAAACGUAGUGCCCGGUGCCGCAGCCGAAGUAGUGAGGAGUUUGCCAGCAGUUGGAACAACUAGCGGUGACAGUCCUAGCGAUGUGGACGCUGCGCUCCUCCGAGUGAGAGCUGCCUGCACGGAGAGGGCCAUCGACUUAAGACCGGCCUUCUCUGAACACGACCAACACAGCAACGGUCACGUGUCGCGAUCGGCGGUGCGGCGCGUGCUGGCGCGGCUCGGCGUGCUACCGGCGCCGCACCACGUGCGCGCUCUCGAGCUGCGCUAUCUGGACGAGCUUGGAUUCAACUACUUCAUGCUGCUCGAUGAGUUGGAAGAAAAGCCCGUAGAGAGCUCUACUAUCGCUGGGCCCUCUGUAGCGUCUAGAAGAACUCGAUCUACGACUAUCGAUCCUCUGGAAACUGAUAUUGUUCAAAUUCUAGCUAAAAUUAAAGGCAAGAUGGUCCGCGAUGGGAUACGUCCCUUUGACUUCCUUCGUCAGUUCGAUCCUCGUAACGAGCUGGUGAUUCCUCGGGCCGACUUCUACCGAGGACUGGCUUCUGCUGGACUUUCACUAACGCCGCUCGAAAUGGAUACGCUAAUGGAAGUUUUCAGCGCCCCGGGUCGACGUAGAUACGUGGAGUACGCUAGGUUCUCGUCCACCGUGGGCGAGGCUCUCACACAAGAAGGCCUAGAACGCGCACCGCUGCUGGUGCCAGUACCCCACCUCCCCACAGUAGACACGCCCCUCAACUACCUGAACUUCGAGGAACGGAAUAUUGUGUCCGGAGCUCUUGCCAAACUUGCAAAAUAUCCUGAUCAGUUGUCUAAUAUAAUCGAGGUGUUCCAGGAUAUAGAUAGGGUACGUUGUGGAACCGUGCCGCGGGUAUCAGCCGAGCGUGCUCUGUGCCAACGUGGUCUUCUGGCGCUUUUGUCAUCGAGAGAAAGAGACACGCUCUACAAAUGCUUCGGAUACAGGCGAGGAUGCGGUGACGAGGUAAAUUAUCGUGCACUGUGCAACGCUCUGGAUGUACUGUACGCCACUACUAAUGCUCAAAAAUGUUAAGAUUCGUAUUUCAAAUACGCUUUAACGCCG